AUGGAAGAAGUGUUCCCUGAAUCUGCUCAUUUGUUGUGUUGUAUUCACAUUGAAAGACACUUUCGGGAGCGAUCUCUUAAAGAAAUCAAUCCUAAAUUUGCAGGCAAGAAGAAGCCUCAAAUGUUAUCUACGCUUUGCUUAUCGGAUGAGCGUGAUCAGUACGAAGCAGAGCAUAGAAGAUUGAUUCUUGAUAUCGCUCGUGGAUGCACCACAAAAGAGUCAUACGAAGAUGCGAAGAAUAUGAUACAAUCCGAAGUACAAUGGGGUAGUUAUUAUACCAAUGCUCAUCCUCAUAUGAAUAACCGGUCUAUAAACCGUGUUGAAGGUACACAUGCUGUCACGAAACAAAGCAUUGGUUCUUCCAAAGGCAAAAUGGGCCCUGUCACUGACAAGAUCGCCCACUGGUACAAAAUGAGAAAUGAUUACCGCAACUUGCAAAUGGAGCAUGAAAGCCUUCCUGUGCCUGUCUCUGUUCUUACGAGCGAAGUUGAGCACUUGUUGAAGCCAUUACAAGGUAAAAUCACCAAUUUUGCGCUCAUCAAGGUCAACAACCAGCUUGUAAAAGGCUUAAAAGAGAAGCAAGGCCAGCUGAGCUCUACUUGCUCUUGCUUUGUCAAGGUUUGGUGGUUACCUUGGUAG